AUGUGUUUGAUAAAUGCCAGAUCUGCAAAAACUACCGACCCAACCAAUGACAAGGCCAUCGCACUCAGAAAUCUGGUGCUGGACAACAAACUGGAUAUUUUAGCAAUUACAGAGACAUGGCUACGCGAUGAUGAUUCUGAUAAUCUCGCAGUUGGUAAACUCACCCCUCCGGGGUACAAGUUUGUUCAAGUAUCAAGGAAACACAAGCGUGGAGGCGGCGUUGGUAUCGUCUACAAUGAUAAACUUGUUGGUCGCAAACUGAAAGCUGCCAAUCUCCAUACAUGUACUUCAUUUGAACUUAUACCAUUACAAUUUACAUGUGACAACCAAUGUUUCAACAUCAUUGUGUUGUACAGACCGCCAAAACCUGGUACUUUCUUUGAUGACUUUAGUGCACUUCUUGAUUCUCUGACGACAACACCCGGUAAGCUCUUAAUAUGUGGGGACUUUAAUUACCACAUUGACAAGACAAAUGACAGAGAUGCACAGAAGCUGCUCAAUAUUCUGGAAGCUCAUGGCCUAACUCAAGUCAUACAUGAGCCAACUCACGUUCAGGGACAUAUUCUAGACCUGGUGAUUGUGCGUGAGAAUGAACUGAAGGUCAGUAACGUAAGAUUUGAUCAUUCUGUAAGAUCUGAUCACUACAGUGUCUUGUUCAAUGUCAACAUCUCAGUUGAAAGACGAACCAGAAAGAAAAUCUCAUUUCGCAAGUGGAAGGACAUUGAUCUUCAAGAGUUUCAGCUAGAUAUGACAACAGCUAUUUCUAGCUCUUCAGAUCUCACCGCCAGUGAAUAUGUUACUCUGUAUGACACUCAGCUCAGGAAACUUGCUGACCAUCAUGCUCCAUUGAAGUCCUGUACUGUAACUCUUCAUCCAGAAUCACCCUGGUAUAAUGACGACAUUCGAUCAGCUAAACGCUUGAGGCGUAAACUCGAGAAACAGUUUAGACACACCAAGUUAGCCAUUCAUAAGCAGAUGCAUGACAACCAGAGACAUCAUGUUGACUCUCUUAUGGAGACAGCCAAGUCAAGCUAUUACAAAGCUGCACUGCAGGAUGUGGAUGGACAGAAGGACGUGUUCAGGAUAGCUAACAGGCUUCUGUUUAAGGAUAAUUCCCUGACUCUGCCAUCUCAUUCAUCCCUUGAUCAAUUAGUUGACAAGUUCUCAGACUUCUUUUCUCAGAAGAUUUCCACAAUCAGAGACUCACUUUCACAUGAUGACCUUCCACACAGUGAGCCCCAACCAAUAGCUGCAUUUCCAUGCCUAUCCCAUUUCCGACCAGCAACAGAAGCAGAGAUUGUGAAACUUGUUUCUAAGUCACCGACGAAGUCAUGUAUUCUUGACCCUAUACCUACAUGGCUUCUCAAGAACUCUCUAGAUACCUUUGCCCCUAUAUUGACCUCUGUUGUCAAUAAAUCUCUUCAGGAAGGUAUGAUGCCGGAUACAUUGAAAAAUGGAGUUGUAACUCCACUCCUGAAAAAGAAAGGUUUAGAUCAAGAGCUUUUAAAAAAUUAUCGGCCAGUCACAAAUUUACCAUUCACCUCAAAAUUGAUUGAGCGUGUGGUCACAACAAGACUCAAGGAACACAUGACCUUAAAUGGGUGUUUCGAAGUCAUGCAAUCAGCAUACCGGAAUUUCCACUCCACGGAAACCGCACUCGUUAAAGUGCACAAUGACAUACUGAGAGCCGUAGACAAAGAUGGUGCUGCAGUAUUGGUUCUACUUGAUUUGAGUAGUGCCUUCGAUACUAUCGACCAUACUAUUCUGAUGCAUACACUUGAGACCAGGAUGGGUAUUAGAGGAACUGCUCUUCAGUGGUUUGAGUCCUACAUAGCAGAUUCUCUGGGACUGGGAUAUCAGUUUGACCAGUUGGAUGGUGACAGAGUGGCAAUCAUCAUCCUGUAUGCAGUGAACUGCGAGGUUUUGAGUGCAUGGACAUUGACAGAGGAUCUAGUAAACCUCGAAGACGAUCUAGAUGAGUGUGUGGAUUUCGACGAGGUAGGCUUCUUCGAAUGUGAUGACGUACACUUCUUCUUCCUACAAGACUGCGAUUCUGACCCCUCCCUAAGAGUUGACUUCCUCUUAGAGAAAGACUGCGAAGCUACCUGA